GCGGGAGGACCAGCUGCUGGACGCCGAGGCCCGGUGUGACGCGUGGAUGAUACUAACUGUGUUUCUGAGCAACAAUGAACAGAUUUUGACAGAAGUUCCAAUUACACCAGAAACAACCUGUCGCGAUGUAGUAGAGUUCUGCAAAGAGCCUGGAGAAGGAAGCUGCCAUCUGGCUGAAGUAUGGCGUGGAAAUGAACGUCCCAUACCCUUUGAUCACAUGAUGUAUGACCACCUACAGAAAUGGGGUCCCCGCAGGGAAGAGGUGAAAUUUUUUCUUCGUCAUGAGGAGUCACCAGCCGAAAGUAAUGAACAGAGUGGACGUCAAGCCCAAAAUCAAAGAAAUGGCAUAAAUAUACCUGUGGAGAAACGUACAGAGAAUGGGGUUGGGAAUCCACGUGUUGAGCUCACUCUUUCUGAACUUCAAGAUAUGGCUGCCCGACAACAGCAGCAGAUUGAAAAUCAACAGCAAAUGUUGGUUGCUAAGGAACAACGUUUGCGUUAUCUGAAGCAGCAAGAACGUCGUCAGCAGCAGUCUGUUUCUGAGAGUGAAAAGCUUCAAAAACUUAAAGAACGUGUUGAAACCCAGGAGACAAAGCUGAAAAAAAUCCGUGCCAUGAGAGGACAAGUGGACUACAGCAAGAUCAUGAAUGGCAAUCUAUCAACUGAAAUUGAGCAUAUAAGUGCCAUGUUCCAGGAAAAGCAGCAGGAGCUACAGGCUGCAGUGUUAAAAGUGGAUCAACUUACUCAGCAGCUGGAGGAUUUAAGGAAAGGGAAACUGAAUGGGUUUCAGUCUUAUAAUGGACAAAUGACAGGACCUGCAGCAGUAGAAUUAAAAAAGUUGUAUCAAGAGCUACAGAUUCGUUAUAGGCUUAACCAGGAGCAGAACUCUAAGCUUCAGCAGCAGAAAGAACUCUUAAACAAACGUAAUAUGGAGGUGGCUAUGAUGGACAAGCGAAUCAAUGAGCUGCGUGAACGACUAUACAAGAAAAAAGUUGAGGCACGUCAAAAAGAAAACAUUCCUUUGAAUCGUAUUAAUGGAACUUCAUCACCCCAGUCAUCCUUGAGUGCUUCAGGAAGGGUGGCAGCAGUAGGCCCUUACAUCCAAGUUCCAAGUGCUGGCACUUACGCUGUACCAGUAGAUCCAGUUAAACCACAGUCUCUCACCAUUGCUUCUAGCUCAACACAUGGAAGAUCAAAAUCUGCUAAUGAUGGAAAUUGGCCAAUACUUAAACAGAGCUCAACCCCUGUGGUAAAACCCCCUCAGAUCUCCAACACAGACUGGAAAGAAUCAAGCAUGGAUACUGCUUUAAAACAAGGAACUAUAUCCAGCCAGCCUUUGCCAACUUCAGUAUUAGGAAGUACUGAUAAGCUGGGUCUUGACCUGGGGAAGGUGCCACCAACAAUUCCUGGUGUAAGCAAGCAGUUGCCUCAAAACUAUGGGACCUAUCCAAGUCCAGUUCCCUUAGGAACAGGUUCUACAAAUUCUCUAGAAAGAAGGAAGGAUGGCAGUCUGCCCAGACCUGGCACCAGUAUAACAAAUCGGCAAAGACCUGUUCCACUUCCACCGCCAAGCAAUGUACAUCAGCCCAGUUCUUCACAACAGAUUCAACAGAGAAUUUCUGUACCUCCCAGCCCUACGUAUCAACCUUCCGGUCCCCCCUUGUUUCCAGGAGGAGAUGGCAGGCCAGAGCUCCCUUUAACUGUGGCAAUCAGACCUUUUCUAGCUGAUAAAGGAUCAAGACCUCAGUCUCCCAGAAAAGGGCCACAGACAGUGAACUCCAGUUCCAUCUACUCAAUGUAUCUUCAGCAAGCAACACCACCAAAGAAUUAUCAACAAGCUGUAUACAAUACCUUAAAUAAGUCAGUAAAAGCAGUUUAUGGAAAACCCGUAUUACAAUCUGGUUCAACUUCUCCCUCACCCUUGCCAUUCCUUCAUGGUUCUUUGCCUGCCCAGACUUCCUCACAGCCACAACCUCAGCCUCAGACUGAGGUCUCUGAAAAAGAUCAAGAGCUGGAAAAUGCUCCACCAUCCAGUGAAAAUAGCAAUGUGGAAAACAUUCCUCGUCCUCUCAGUCCUACUAAGCUCACGCCUAUUGUGCAUUCACCCCUACGAUAUCAAAGUGAUGCUGACCUUGAAGCUCUGAGAAGAAAAUUGGCCAAUGCUCCUAGGCCAUUAAAGAAGCGUAGUUCUAUCACUGAACCAGAAGGCCCAAGUGGACCAAAUAUACAAAAAUUAUUGUAUCAGCGCUUUAAUACUCUUGCUGGAGGAAUAGAAAGUGCUCCUUUUUAUCAGCCAAGCAAUCCACAGGACUUCAUAGGCAUCUUAGCUGAUGUCGAUAAUGGUAAUGCUAGUACCAAUGGCAAUAUUGAAGAACCUAUUUCCGUGCAACCUACAGUUCCUCUUCCUGAUGAGCCACCCCCUUCGUCAGAUGCCAAUGACAAUGAAUUACCUUCUCCUGCUACUGAGGAACUGAUAAGCACUGAAACCACAAAUCAAACAUCUGAGACAACUGAAGAUAACAACAACAAUCCUGCUAUAGUUCCUUCUACUGAACAGUCAUCCAGUCCCACGCCCGAGGUCAGUUCUCCAGUAGAAGAUGAAGCUCCUUUGCCACCUGUUCUUCCUCCUCCACUUCCUCCAACAAAACGUACCAACUUGAAGAAACCUAACUCAGAAAGAACAGGACACGGUUUGAGAGUGAAGUUCAAUCCGUUGGCCCUCCUCUUAGAUGCUUCUUUGGAGGGAGAAUUUGAUCUUGUACAACGAAUCAUAUAUGAGGUUGAUGAUCCCAGUAAACCAAAUGAUGAAGGAAUUACACCUUUGCAUAAUGCAGUGUGUGCUGGUCAUCACCACAUUGUGAAGUUCCUGCUUGAUUUUGGUGUAAAUGUAAAUGCAGCAGAUAGUGACGGGUGGACACCCUUGCAUUGUGCUGCUUCUUGCAAUAGUGUUCACCUCUGUAAACUACUGGUUGAAUCUGGGGCAGCUAUUUUUGCUUCAACUAUAAGUGAUAUAGAAACUGCUGCAGACAAGUGUGAAGAGAUGGAAGAAGGUUAUAUUCAGUGUUCCCAGUUCUUGUACGAUUUUCAAAAGCUUCAAGUGUUACUGUGUAAGUAUGACAACGAAACAGAGUGGUGGUGGGCCCGCCUCAAUGAUAAAGAAGGCUAUGUGCCUAAAAAUCUCCUUGGGUUAUAUCCACGAAUAAAACCUAGACAGCGAACCCUUGCCUGAAUUCAGUUGUACAACAGUGCAAUACCGUGCUGGUAACUGGAAACUUAAAACAUACACUGGAGCCAUCAUUUUUGAUCAUUUCACACAGAGAAAUAAAACUAUAUUUAGUUUUAAUGGUGCUUUCUCUUGUUAAAUGGACAGCAUCCACGAUUUUCAAGAUCUGCAGUUUGUAAAUGAGGAUCGUUUUUACGUGACCCGCCACUGAUGAGGAGAGCGAUACCUCCACUAUCUACAGUGUUGCGCCAACUAUCGUCUAAAGCAGUGUUUUAAGUUAAAGUUCCAUGGUAGGAGCUUUCUUGUGUUAAAUGUUCAGAGGUGUCACUUGCGGAGUGCAGAUACGCUGUCCACUUUGCUCCAACCCCACAGUAACUGUCCCACAUCGGGAUUUUGGAUAUUUCGUUUGAUACCAGUGAAUGUUGAGUUCUCAUUAUUGAUCAACUCUUUGGGUUCUAGGACACAAGGUCUUCACUUAUUACCUGCAUCAUUAAGUAAUCACCAAAGCUUUAUGAAGGCUAGGAUUUUAAGCAGUAACAUGCUAUACACUUAAAUCCUGGUCUAGACAACCCCAACAAAAGCUUUACAUAGUCUAGCAUCUAGUAUUAUUUGCGUUUAGCAUCAAGCUAGGGAACUAACUGAACAGCAGUAUUUGUACACUUCUCAAACCCCCUACACAGUAUUUCACUUGGUGUUUCAUUUUCUUAUUAUUCAGCCUACAGCACGUGUUACCUCUACUAAUGUAAAGGUUCCCCUACUAACCACCUGAGCUUGUCCACCCUGGACAAAACGGUUAGUACUGAACGUGCAGCAGCUUAAGGGAUUUGUAUGUCUGCAUGGAUGAAAGUGCAAUAGUUGAAAAGGGUAAGAGUCCAGUAAGGGUUAUACUGUGUAAUUUGAAGUCUGUGCCUGAGUCCGUCUAGAAGAAAAUAUGAAGGACUGGAUAGAAGUAGAAAGAGGGGUGUGUAGAUGCUAAGUCAAGGACAAGAAAGAAACAAGGUUUAGAGAAGGAUUUAAGAAAGGCAAUAGCUUAUUUGAGGACAGUUUUUGUGGUUCUUGGCAGCCUACAGCUGUUGCCAAGGCAAGUUAUGCAAUAACCUAUUCCACUACAUUGCCGUUUCAAGGAGAAGAAAAAAAAAGGCACUUCACUGGAAUUUUAAUUGUACAUGAUUUUAUAUACCAAAAGUCUAUUUUGAAUUUCCCAUUUUAAGUUUUAGCCAUAUUUCUUGUCAUUUUCUCCCAUUUAACAGUAUGCAAUUUGAUUAACUCUUCAUGUACAAGUUCUGUGUAUAAUUUAUAUAUCCAUUUCUGCAGUGCUGUAACUUGCUUUUACCACAGGUUAGCAUUAACUGUAUAUAUUGUGGUGAAAAGUGAAAGGGUAUUAUUGUUGAAGAAUUUGCUACAUGAAUGUGAUGAUUUCAAGAGCCUAUGAUACACUAAUUCAGAGAACAUGUAAAUGUGCACAAUAAAGUACUGCUAAGGCA